AUGUCGUCUCCCUCUCUCCCCAUGCCCUCCCUCCCCCCCAGUCCACUGGCCAUGGAGUACCUCAAUGACUUUGACCUCCUUAAGUUUGAGGUGAAGCCUGACACUCCUCCUCUCCCUCCCCCCUGUACAUUCCCCAAGUCUGGCCUCCCCCACGACCCCUCCACUUCCCCUGGUCCCUACACUAGCCUCAGCUCCAGCCCAUACAACUCCAUGCCCCCCUCUCCAACGCUGAGCGAUGCCCACCCACCUCCCUCAGCCUCUUCCUCCCUCUCCCCUUCCUCCUCCUCCAUCUCCUUCCCUCUGUCCAUCUCAAACAGCUACACCUCUGGCAUCAGUUCUGGAUCUCAGGGGAAUGUGGAGGGUAGCCCCUCCAAUGGGGGUGCCCAGGGUCCUAACCCUGCCUCUUUGGAGGACCUGAUCUGGCUUGCAGCGCUGCAGCAGCAGUUUGGAGGGGAGGCGGGGGGACCUGCGUCCCUGCUGGGGGCCUUGGGAGGCGGGCCAGAGCGGGGAGACAGAGAAAGAGGGUCGGUCGGCAGCUUCCUGGGCUGUGAGGACGCAGUGGAGGCUCUACUGAACUCAGCUGCUGCAGCUGUAAACUCACAGGUAUGUAACACUGUCUAUAUUGUCUGUGGAUGUCUGUAAAUAAUAUGUUGUUAUUCACUUUUGAUAGUGGGUUCGGAAUGACAUAGAUAGACUAUAAUCAAUAUUUAUAUUUAUUUUUCUCUCUCUCUCCCUUGUUCCAAUCCUCCACUGUGUAUACUUGCUCUCAGUUCCCAGUGCUUUCCCAGAGUUCCAGCAGUAACCUGGGGGAUUCAGGCAGUGACAGUGGAGGUGACAUUUCCUGCGCCAAGGGGACAGAUAUGUGCCAUCGUCCACUCCUCUACCUCUCCUCUGUCCCUCAAUCGCUCCCCGACACCAACCCCUCUUCAGCAUCCUACCCACAACCCCAGAGCCCCUCUGACCGACUUCAUCACCAUCAUCCACAUCAUCAUCAUCACCACCCGCACCACCCCAUGCAUGGCCAUCAUCAUCACCAUCAUCAUCACCUCCAAGUAAUUAAUGGGGUCAGGGGGCAUGACAGUAUGAAACAAAAGAUGGUAGAAUAACAGAGAUAAGAAUAACGAGAAGGCUAGCAACAGGCUAGCAACAACAGCGACAGUACUGGAUGGAGCAGGAGCAUAUGGAAGAGGGGAGGGAGAGGUGAUAGAGGGAUCACACUGUAAAGGAUUAGAAUUAGAACAUUAGAACAUGAUUAUGUGUGCUUGCCGUCUACCUGUUAUAAGUAUAGAAAACAUGCCUCUACUCUGAGAUGACAAUGAGUUUAUCUGUAGACCUUCCUUGUUUAAAAAUGCAUUGUUUGUCCUGCAGGCAAGUACAGAAUAUUGGAGGAAAUGUAAAAAAGGGAGCAAUUGUUCUCCUUUUAAUAGAUACAUCAACGUUGAUAUAUGAACUGUGUUAAAGCUAAUACUUACUAGGCCACAUUAAUAACUCCAGGGUUUUGAUUUGAUUAGAAUUUGAUUUUCCCCUAGCUGUUCUAGAGUUGAAGGAGCUGUGUGUGGGGCUGCUAGUGCUAUUGUAUAUGGAAAGUUCAGUACUGUUCUAUAGCUGCAUUCCCCAACCAGGUGUCUGAAAGAAUCUCUGUACAGUAUGUGGAGCACAGUGUGAGCUUAUGAUAAUAUCUGCUAUUAUUGCGGUGUAUAACCCUGAUUACUGUCACUCACAAUCAGUCAGAUUACCUGACAGAUUAUGGACAUGUGGUACAAAAAUGUUCCCCCUGACACACACAGCUAGGCACACUCUCACAUCACGCACACAACCACACAUGCACAACUCAGACACACACACAGACGCACGACCACAGUAUCAUUUUGAAAUAGAAUAGCAGACUGAAGUCUCGUAUCAGUAUUGUAGGCCUACUUAUAACUAGUGAACUAUACACUAGCUCCAUCAUAUUUCCUACUAAAUAUAUUGAAAGUCAGUCAAAAUGUUUUAAGUCCUCUCUAUUCUGUAUAACUGUAAUUCAUGUCAACAUUUGGAAGUAACCAUAUCUAUUUCCCUCUGUCUCUGUGUGCAGUGUGGUGGGGUGGAUGAGCGUUUCUCAGACGAGCAGCUUGUGAGCCUGUCGGUACGGGAGCUGAACAGACACCUGCGUGGCAUCAGUAAGGACGAGGUGGUGCGUCUCAAGCAGAAACGUCGUACGCUAAAGAAUCGAGGCUACGCCCAGUCCUGUCGCUACAAACGCUUGCAGCACCGCCAUGCACUGGAGUCCGAGAAACACGUCCUCACACAACAGGUAGGACACACAAACACACAACAACAACACACCACUGCCAACCACUACAAAAUAAAAGCUCUAAUAACUCUCUCCUGUCUGUCUCUCUCCUCAGUUGGAACAGCUACAGCGUGAGCUAUCUCGGGUGCUGAGGGAGAGGGACGCCUACAAGGCUCGCUACGAAAAGCUUGUCAGUACAAACGAGGCUCCAUCUACCAACAACCCCCCCUCACCACCCCCUGACUACUUCCUCUGA